AUGGAGCUUAAACGAUUCAUCAAACUACUGACUUUACUUCUGUUUGUACUUUCUCUGUGCAUGAAUCCAACUUCUGGAGUUGGGGGUGCUGCUCAAGUUAGGUGCAUAGAGAGGGAGAGACAAGCUCUUCUCCAGUUUAAGCAAGGCCUUAUAACAUCCGACUUGGAAACUCUCUCAUCCUGGGGAAGUGAAGAAGCUAAAAAGGAAUGCUGCGAAUGGGAGGGUGUCAUUUGUAGCGACAGAAUUGAUCGCGUAAACCGGCUCGAACUGAGUGGUCUGCAAUUGAGAGGUAAUAUCAGUCGUGCUUUGCUUGACUUGCCGCAUUUGAAUUAUCUUGACCUUAGUGAAAAUGAUUUCGGAAGAAGUCAAAUACCAAACUUCAUUGGUUCUCUCAAGAAUUUAAGGCAAUUGACACUUCGGAACUCAAACUUCACUGGCGAAGUUCCAUAUGAACUUGGUAACCUCACCAACUUGCUGACUCUUGAACUUGAAGACAAUGUAGGUCUGACAAUCAAGAACCUUGAGUGGAUUUCUCGUCUUUCUUCAUUAUCAUAUCUUGAUUUGAGUUCUAUUAUCCUUAAUGAAACCAAAUGGCUGCAUGAAAUUACAAAGCUCCCUUCCUUGAAGAGUCUGUUCUUGUCAAAUUGUCAACUACCCAAUACUUUGCCUGCCAUUGAUUUCUUCGCUAAUUCGUCUAUGCCUUCUCUUGAUGUCCUCGUUCUAUCCAUCAAUAGCCUCACUUCCAAUUUCACAUUCCAAUGGUUGUUUAACUUUACUAAAAGUGCUUUUAGCAUAGACCUCUCUAAUAAUCAAUUAGAUGGUCCUAUUCCCGACACCUUUGGGGAACUGAUAUUUCUUCAGGACCUCCGCUUGCAAGAGAAUAUGUUCCAUGGUGGGAUCCCAAAGUUUACGGUGAAUUUUAUUCAUUUGAGGUCAAUAAAUAUAUCCCACAAUAAUUUAAACCAACCUCUUGUCGAGUUAUUCCAAAACUUAUCUGAGAUUACUUCACUUGAAAAUUUGGAUUUAUCGUACAAUCAACUUAACGGUGCGUUGCCAGACAUCACCAGAUUUUCAUCCUUAAAGGAGUUAAGACUUCACAACAAUCAAGUAAAAGCAUUUCCACCACAAACCCUUGGGAAACCUUCGAGUCUGGUACAUUUGUAUUUGUCCAAUAAUCAAAUUACGGGAUCAUUGCCGAAUUUGAGUGUCUUUUGGAAUCUCCUAGGUUUAUAUCUCGGUUCAAAUUCGUUGGAAGGGACAAUCACCAAUGACCACUUUGCAAACCUUACCCAGUUAAAGGACCUGGAUUUAUCUUUCAACAAAUUGUCUUUGAACUUUUCAUCGGAUUGGGUUCCUCCUUUCCAAAUGGAAAUUGUACACCUCAGCCAUUGCAAAAUGGGGCCUCAUUUUCCAAAAUGGAUUCAAACUCAGAUUUUUCUUCUUGAGCUCGAUAUUUCAUUUGCUAAUAUAUCAGAUACUAUCCCUCAAUGGUUAUGGAAAAUGCCUCGCAUGAUAACGUUUAAUAUCUCUCAUAACCAAAUUGGUGGUAGAUUGCCUGACUUGUCUUCGAGAACUGCUCUUCGAAGAAUCAUAGAUUUAAGCUAUAAUAAUUUUUCGGGGCCAAUUCCGUCAUUUGUUUUCCAUACAGUAGAAGUACGACUCUCCAAAAACAUGUUAUCAGGAUCCAUUUCUCACAUAUGCAGAAUUUCUGGUUCUUCCUACAUCAAAAUCCUGGAUCUAUCAGAUAACCACUUGUCCGGGGAGCUUCCCGACUGCUGGAUGAACAUAAAUGACUUGCGUGUUCUCAAUUUGGGAAAUAAUGGGUUCCACGGUAGAAUUCCCUUCACUUUGGGAGCUCUAGAUCAACUUCAAACAUUGCACUUGCGCAACAAUAGUUUGACUGGUGAAUUGCCUUCCUCUUUGAAGAAUUGUACGAAGUUGAGAAUGAUUGAUUUGGGAGAAAACAAUCUGACGGGAAAUAUUCCUCCGUGGAUAGGAACAUAUCUAACAAGUUUGACAAUUGUUAGCCUUCGAUUUAAUAAAUAUCAUGGAAGCAUACCUCCAACAAUUUGCCAUCUCACCAAUAUUCAAAUCUUGGACCUUUCUAGGAACAACAUAUCUGGCAAAAUUCCUCCAUGUUUAAACAAUUUUACUUCUUUGGCUCAAAGGAAUGGUUCAACUGAAAGCACUGAAGUUAUGGUUCCUGAUGAUCAAGUCUUUCCGUGUGCUUUUAAUCUCCAUUGGUACUUCGAUGAUAUUUUGGUUCAAUGGAAAGGACAAGAGUCACGAGAUGGAAAAAUUGGACUUGUGAAAGGCAUUGACCUCUCUAGCAACAACUUAGUUGGAACUAUUCCUCAAGAGUUUUCUGAUUUGAGAGGUUUACUUUUCUUGAACUUGUCAAGAAACCAUUUGACGGGAAAUAUCAUUUCAGACAUUGGUGAAAUGGAAAUGUUGGAAUGGCUUGACUUGUCUAACAAUCAACUUUCUGGGAAUAUUCCGAACAGUCUUGCAAGUCUAAAUUUUCUCAGCGUUUUGGACUUAUCGUACAAUAAUUUGAAGGGCAGGAUUCCAUUAGGCACUCAACUACAAAGCUUUGAAAUUUCAGCAUAUGCUGGGAAUAGCAAACUCUGUGGGCUUCCUUUGCCAAAGUGUCCUGAAGAUUCUCCUGGCCCUUCUGGAACUAAUAGUAGCAAGGACAACAUUGAACAAGAUGAUGGUUAUUGGUACUUUGUUCCUCAAGCAUUCUUGGAGACAUUCCUACUUCAACUUCUGGAACAAAAUUGGAGAUUGGAUAUAUGUGAGAACAAUAUUAUGCGUGAAAAGAUUCAAAAGAAAAUUUCUGGAUUGAUGGUUCUCCUUCCAUGA